UAAUUUUUAAUAGAUCAAGUUCAAUCCUUCUCUGAAUUUAUCCGAAAGAUCAAACCUUCGAUACUUCCAUUGAUAAUUAGAUAAAAUUUGAAGGAAGGAUUCCGAUUGAUUUAUUAUUUCCUGCUAAAUCUCUACUCUGGAGGAUGAAUGAUUUCAUCAGUAUCCUCAUAAAAUCUUGAUUUAAGGAUUUCAUGUUAACCAACCAAACCACGCUUUCAAAUUUUGGCGGCAGUAACGUCGUCUUCAUUUCAUCAUCAGCUGCAGAGUGAUUAACAUAAAACAAUGGUGAAACUCAUUUCUCUUUUUCACAGACACUCUUUUCUUAUUAAAAUACCCUACCUUCAAUCUACAUCUCUCGCAUUUACAACCUAUCAACAACUACUACCCGAGCUUGAUCCAACCAUGUCUUCCAUCCACUCCGUCUCUUCCAACCCCUGCUUCUCUCUUCUUGGUCUUUGCAGAAACAUCUCUUCUCUCAGGAAAAUCCAUGCUUUGCUCCUUGUACACGGACUAACCGGUGAUAUUUUGUGCGACACCAAGUUGGCUAGUUUAUACGGCUCAUUUGGCCACGUGCAAUGUGCACGCCUGGUGUUUGAUCAAAUUCGCCGCCCAGAUUUUUAUUCCUGGAAGGUCAUGAUCAGGUGGUAUUUUCUGAAUGAUGAGUGUGCAGAGAUUAUGCCAUUUUAUAAUCGUAUGAGAACGAGUGUAAGAGAAACUGACGAUGUUGUUUUCUCGAUUGCGCUGAAGGCGUGUUGUGAAUUGCGGGCUCUGAAUGAAGGGAUGAAAAUACACUGUCAGAUUGUUAAGAGUAGGAGUCAGGAUAGUUUUGUCUUGACGGGUCUUGUUGAUAUGUAUGCCAAGUGUGGGGAAAUCCACUACUCUAGCCAGGUGUUUGAUGAAAUCUAUGAUAGGAAUGUGGUUUCCUGGACUUCAAUGAUUGUGGGGUAUGUACAGAAUGAUUGUGCUCGAGAAGGGUUAAUCUUGUUUAACCGGAUGAGAGAAGCUCUGGUUGAUGGUAACCAGUUUACAUUUGGGAGCUUAGUAACAGCCUGCACCAAACUAGGGUCUUUACAUCAAGGGAAGUGGCUUCAUGGAUAUGUGAUUAAGAAUGGCCUGGAACUUAAUUCAUAUUUGUCAACAGCUUUUCUAAAUAUGUAUGUAAAAUGUGGGAAGAUUGAAGAUGCUUGUUUAAUAUUUGAUGAGCUCUCUUCGGUUGAUCUUGUCUCCUGGACAGCUAUGAUCGUUGGAUACACUCAGAGUGGUUGUCCUACUGAGGCUUUGAGUUUAUUCAUAGAUAAGAAAUGGGUUGACAUCUUCCCCAACAAUGUUACUAUUUCUAGUGUGCUUUCAGCAUGUGGCCAGAUGGUUUUGAAUUUUGGAAGGUCAAUUCAUGCGCUGGGGAUUAAGCUUGGACUUCAGGAUUCAGCAGUAAUAAAUUCUCUGGUGGACAUGUAUGCCAAGUGCCAGCAGAAUGGUCAUGCUCGAUAUUUAUUUGAGAUGGUUUCAGAAAAAGAUGUAAUUGCAUGGAAUUCUAUUAUUUCUGGUUAUUCCCAGAAUGGAUUUUCACGUGAAGCCGUCAAUCUUUUUAAUCGGAUGAGAUCAGAGUCUGUUAUGCCCGAUGCAGUAACACUGGUGAGUGUCAUAUCAGCAUGUUCUUCGGUUGGUGCUCUCCGAGUUGGUUGUUCUCUUCAUGCUUACUCUAUAAAGGAUGGUUUAAUAGCACCUAAUGUUUAUGUUGGCACUGCACUUCUGAAUUUUUAUGCCAAAUGUGGGGAUGCUAUAUCCGCACGUACAAUUUUUGAUGGUAUGGGAGAGAAAAACACAGUCACAUGGAGCGCAAUGAUUGGUGGUCAUGGAAUGCAAGGGGACAGUAGGGUGUCCCUUUCACUUUUUGAUGACAUGCUGAAAGAAGCAUUGAAGCCUAAUGAAGUCAUCUUCACAACCAUUUUAUCUGCCUGCAGCCACACAGGAAAGGUUGUGGAAGGAUGGAGGUAUUUCAACUCAAUGUGCGAGGAUUACAACUUUGUGCCGUCCAUGAAGCACUAUGCAUGUAUGGUUGACCUAUUGGCACGUUCUGGAAGACUUGAAGAAGCGUUGGAGUUAAUUAAAAACAUGCCUAUUCAACCAGAUGUUUCUUGUUUUGGAGCUUUUCUACAUGGAUGUGGGCUGCACUCAAGGUUUGAUCUUGGACAGGUAGCAGUUACGAAAAUGCUAGAGUUGCAUCUUGAUGAAGCUUGUUACUACAUUCUUAUGGCUAACUUAUAUGCUUCUGAUGGAAGAUGGAGUCAAGUUGAUCAGGUGAGAGAGUUGAUGAAACAGAGAGGACUGAGCAAGUAUCCUGGCUGUAGCUUAGUGGAGACUGAGAUGAAUGGUGAUCUCUUGUGCCCAAGCAUAGCAAGUUUUGCUUAGGAUACAGGUGGGAUAAAAUUUAGAGCUAUGAAGCCUGUUGCCAUUGCUGCAACAAAAUGGAAUCUUUUUAAAAGAGAACCAAGAGCAAGGUUGGCUUCUCUCAUAUGCAAGUUGAAACUUUUGGCAAACUAGUUCUGGAGUAUUUCCUUGCUGAAAGUGUAACGUGAACCGUAUAACCCAUGCUAGAAAUUUUACAGUUGUAGGACACUGCGAAACUAAGGAUUCCUGUUUGUCUGAAUGCAUGAGUUCCCUCGAAACUUCUUGAAAUUCUUUAGACACAGUCGUAGAGAAGUUUUCUAAUGCUCCCGAACAUCAGUACUGCUGAAAAAUGCUUGCAUAUUGAAGUGAGAGGGAGUACCUUUGAUAUGGGAAUCCAAAAUGAUUUUGCCUGGACAACCUCCUGCAUUGUCCCAUAAGAUUGAUGCCUUUCGCGAAAUGACUAUGCUUAUAAAAUUAUAUGGUUGAGGGUGCAUUAUAUAUGGAUCUGGUUUUAAGGGUAGAACUGGAGAUUUCACUUUCUCCGUUCUUUUCUUUCAAGGGUUGUAUAUAGAUGUGAAUGAUUUAUGGUUGUAUUCACAGGAAUAUGAUGUUUUUUAGAUGUAAAUGAUGUUGUACUACAUGUAUAUGUAUAGAGACACAGUAAUUCGUUGAUUACAAGUGUUCAACGGAAAUAGAAUAAUACACGGUAAGGUUUAUCAAAA